AAUGGGUCAGUGAGCUCAGAGCAUCACAGUUCAAGUCGUGCCUUCCUUUGGUAGUUCACUCCUAUCCAAAAAUGAAGCUGUUCAUCCUUGCUGCCCUCAUCGCCGUCAGCUCCGCGGCCCGUUUGGAGCAUCUGGAGCAGCAGCGAGGACUUAAAGAAUAUCUUCCUCCAGUUCAGUCUGGGCAGGGGCAGUUUGGUCAGCAGGGAUUUGGUCAGAGCAGUUUUGGCGGCCAUGGAUCUAACGACUUCGCUUCUCAGGGAUCGAAUGGUCUUGACGCUGGGGACUCUGCUGGCUUCGGAUCUGCUCCUCAAGGAUUAAGGGCUGGCGCUGCUAGUGCCCGUGGUUUCUCCUCGUUCGAUGCUGCCCGCUCCAACCAGUACCUGCCUCCUGACCACGGUCCUUCUAGCAGCCAUGGUGCUCACGGCCAAGAUGCUUUCGGAGCCUCCAGCAACCAGUUCGGUUCCCAGUCACAGUUCGGCCAGAAUAACAAGUUUGGUACCCCGGGCUCAAGCAGCUUUGGAUCUCAAGGCUUUGGCUCUCGUGGAUCCCAGGGAUCAGGCUUUGGAUCUCAGAGCUCCAAUGGCUUCGGCGCUCAAGGCUCCAGCUACGGCUCACAAGGCUUUGGAUCCCAAGGCUCAAACGGCUUCGGAUCCCAAGGCUCCAGCUUCGGAUCCCAGGGUGCUCGUGGCCAACCGAACCUCCGCCAAUACCUUGCGCCUAAGACCUCUUAUGACAACACUCCGCAGCAGCCUUUCGACCCGGAGUCCGGCUACAUCUAUUAAAUUCUUCGAUUAACUUUAGUCAUUGUCUAAGUCAGGAUUCUUGCCUGUAAUUAAUUCACUGUAUUAGUCAAACAUUGUGUUCUAAUAGUGCUCACUGUAAAAAUAUUCAAAGAAAAUAAA